AUGGCAUUGCCAACAAGAUCGACUCCCGAUACUACCUUGUCGCUCCGACGCUACCUACACUUCGCUCGUCCCUCGCUACAAUAUUACACAUUGAGCAGGGACCUACGCUCUUCUUUUUCUCCGGAAGAGGAGCUUAGCGAAGCCGAGAAACGCAUUCAAAAGACAAGCAUUUCCGAGAUUGUUAACAAGCUUGAGCUUUGCUUGAGUGCUGGAGUUGCAACUCCAGAUCCUGCUGGCUUGCUUUACCUCUGCGACGGGCAAGGUAACUGGGGACGUUCAAUGAUAACAAUGCUGAGCAGCAGAAUGAUCAAACAAAGUGAUUCCAAGUACGGCUCUUGCUGCAAGACUUACCGGCAAGGUAACUGGGGACGUUCACGCUACGCAUCCUUGGCCCAAGGGCCCGAGUUUUUGUUUGGUCGGCGAGAGGAGAAGACAAAGCUCAAAACCCCAAGGUUGCCAGAUGGAGUUUAUUCAGCUAUCCUUGCUAUAGGAAGGCUACGGCAAGCAGAAAAUUUCUGGGAGACAAUCGCUCAUUCUCCGUCUGAUACUUCAGGUCAUGAUUCUUCGGGAUGCACUGAAUGGUUCUGUGACAAGUCCAAUUGUAUAGCAUCCAGACGAAAUGUAUCCAAAAGGGCACAACUCGAGGGGAGCAGCCGUUGA